AUGUCCUUACUUCGAGCAUGCUUCAACAGUAGGCAGGUGUUUAUCCCUAGAAUUCAUCAUGCUUGUAUCAGGUUCAAUAGCUCCGCUGCAUCCCCUUUGGCGCCAGAAUCCAAAUCAAGUACUCAAAAGUCCCUCUUCACACAGAUAUAUCCCGUUGACAAAGACAAGGUUACCGAACAAGACGUUGACAAGUGGAUAGAUGCUUUAAAACAAUUGCGCAAGGGUAAAAAGAUACAUGAGACUCCAGAAGAAAUCUACCUUGGACAAAUUGCACAACCAGAACAAUUUAUCACAAACAAGUUUGAACCAACAUUGGAACAAAUUGAGGAAACUUAUUCCUACUCCAACAAACAAGUACCUUUAAAAUCUGACCCUACGGUUGACAAUUUCAUCAACUUGGUGAUGAGACAUGGUCGCAAAGCAAGAGCUCAAAAGAUUGUCAGCCGUGCUUUCUACAUUGUUCAAAUGAAGUUGCGUAAAGAUCCCAUUCAAGUGUUGAAGGAUACUUUGGAUAAAUUGGGACCUUUAGUUACAACGAAAUCUAUAUCUACUGGUGUUGCAAAGAGAAGAAUUGUACCAAUCCCAUUGAAUGAAAGACAAAGAAACAGGUACGCUAUAACUUGGAUUUUAGAAGCUUCAAAGAAUAGAAAGUCCAAUGAUUUUGCAGUGAGGUUGGCCGAGGAGUUGAUUAAUGCUUAUGAAGGAAAGUCAUCUGGGUAUGACAAGAAGGCACAAAUGCAUAAACAAGCAACUCAACAGAGAGCAUAUAUCAGUUUGUAA